GCAAUCUUUAACUGCGCGGCUCCUAUUUUUGGAUGAUGCUCACUCUUUCGCCUGCAACACCAAACCAAAUCACAAUGGCUACUCAACUCGCUGUCGGCAUUGAUCUCGGCACCACCUACUCUUGCGUCGGUGUCUUCCAACACGGCAAGGUCGAAAUCAUCGCCAACGACCAGGGCAACCGCACCACCCCUUCGUACGUUGCCUUCACCGACACUGAGCGUCUCAUCGGUGAUGCCGCCAAGAACCAGGUCGCCAUGAACCCCGAGAACACUGUUUUCGACGCCAAGCGCCUCAUUGGCCGUCGCUUUGACGACCCCGCCGUUCAGUCGGACAUGAAGCACUGGCCCUUCAAGAUUGUCAACGAGGCCACCAAGCCCAAGAUCCAGGUCAACUACAAGGGUGAGGAGAAGGUUUUCUCGCCCGAGGAGAUCUCGUCGAUGGUUUUGCUCAAGAUGAAGGAGACUGCUGAGGCCUACCUCGGCAAGACGAUCAACAACGCCGUCGUCACCGUCCCCGCCUACUUUAACGACUCGCAGCGUCAGGCCACCAAGGAUGCCGGCACCAUCUCUGGCAUGAACGUCCUCCGCAUCAUCAACGAGCCCACGGCCGCUGCUAUUGCCUACGGUCUUGACAAGAAGAUUGGCGGCGAGCGUCACGUUCUCAUUUUCGAUCUCGGCGGCGGCACGUUCGACGUCUCCGUCCUCACCAUUGAGGACGGCAUCUUUGAGGUCAAGUCCACUGCUGGUGACACUCACCUUGGUGGCGAGGAUUUCGACAACCGCAUGGUCAACCACUUUGUCCAGGAGUUCAAGCGCAAGGAGAAGAAGGAUCUCUCCACCUCUGCCCGCGCCCUCCGCCGCCUGCGCACUGCUUGCGAGCGCGCAAAGCGCACCCUCUCGUCGUCCACUGAGGCCUCGAUCGAGAUUGACUCGCUCUUUGAGGGCGUUGACUUUUACACCAAGAUCACCCGUGCCCGCUUUGAGGAGCUCUGCGCUGAUCUCUUCCGCGGCACCCUCGACCCCGUCGAGAAGUCGCUCCGCGACGCCAAGAUGGACAAGGGCACCAUUGACGACAUUGUCCUCGUCGGUGGCUCCACCCGCAUCCCCAAGGUCCAGAAGCUCCUCCAGGACUUCUUCAACGGCAAGGAGCUCAACAAGAGCAUCAACCCCGAUGAGGCUGUUGCCUACGGUGCUGCCGUCCAGGCCGCCAUUCUUUCCGGCGACAAGAGCGAGGCCGUCCAGGACCUCCUCCUCCUCGACGUUGCUCCCCUCUCCCUCGGCCUCGAGACUGCUGGCGGUGUCAUGACCACCCUCAUCAAGCGCAACACCACCAUCCCCACCAAGCAGACCCAGACCUUCACCACCUACGCUGACAACCAGCCCGGUGUCCUCAUCCAGGUCUACGAAGGUGAGCGUGCCAUGACCCGCGACAACAACCUGCUCGGCAAGUUUGAGCUCUCUGGCAUUCCCCCGGCACCCCGCGGUGUUCCCCAGAUUGAGGUCACGUUCGACAUUGACGCCAACGGCAUCCUGAACGUUUCCGCCGUCGACAAGUCCACCGGCAAGGUCAACAAGAUCACCAUCACCAACGACAAGGGCCGUCUCUCCAAGGAGGAGAUUGAGCGCAUGGUCGCUGAGGCUGACAAGUACAAGGCCCAGGACGAGGCCCAGCGCGAGCGUGUUGCUGGCAAGAACGCCCUCGAGAGCUACUGCUUCAACAUGAAGCAGGCUGUCGACGACGACAACCUCAGCAAGAAGCUUUCGGACGAGGACAAGAAGACCGUCACCGAGAAGGUUGAGGAGGCCAUGAAGUGGCUCGAGGCCAACCAGCUCGCCGAGAAGGAGGAGUUUGAGCACCGUCUCAAGGAGCUCGAGAAGGCUUGCAGCCCCAUCAUUGCCAAGGCCUACCAAGGCGGCGCUGCCCCCGGCGGCAUGCCUGGCGCUGAAGGCGGCUGGCAAGGACCCGGCGCCGGCGCUACUGCCGAUCCCGCCGCUGGCCCCACCAUCGAGGAGGUCGACUAAUCCAUUCGUCCCCGCUUCCCUACACGGUAUAUGGUUUGGUUGCCUUUUUUUCUAGUCUAACAAAUAAAACAAUCUUGAUCG